AACAUUUACAACAAUUACUUGAUAACGAAGAAAUGAUUCGGCUAGAUCAUGGAUUGACACAAAGUGAUCUAAAACCAACAGAUCGUCAAAAUUUUCGUUCUUGUGUGAGAAUUACAUCUUGUGAUGUGUUAAAUUUAAUAGCUCUUGAUGAUAAUUCUAGUGGAACUUACAUGUAUUUAAAAUUGAUAAAAUUGAUCAUAACUUCGUAUAUCGAACCAACAACUUCAAUUGAAGAACUUAUUGAAGAAGCACAAGCUGUUUGA